UACACCUGACAACCAAAUAUCGACGAUUUCUGGAAAUCGAGAAGCACGCCACGCUAAAUUUCCCAAUACUGCGCCUAAACUCGCGCAAAAAUUGCUUUGGUUUAAUAUCUGCGUAAAACGAAGUUAGAAAGAAAUAAAGGUGCAGUUCGAAUGAGUACUAGAAUAAGAAGAAAAAGUCCAUCACGGUAUUCUCCUAGCAGAAAAUCAUCUACUAGUCGUUCUUCUAGAAGAUCACCUGGUAGAUCACCUGCUAGAUCACCAGCACGAUCACCUGCUAGAUCACCAGCACGAUCACCUGCUAGAUCACCUGCUAGAUCACCAGCACGAUCACCAGCACGAUCACCUGCAAGAUCUCCAAAUGCUGAUAAAAGAAAACUUCCAUUUCGCAAUACAAAAUAUGCCAAAGUAUCUAUUCCCAGAAUAGAGUUUCCCACUGAAAAAAUUAAUAACAAGGAAAGAACUAUAGUAACAAGAAAUUCUACUUUUAACGAUAAUCAAACUGAUACAAUGCCACUUCAUUAUCGGUUGAAAGAACUUGAAGCUGUAUCUCGCAGAUCGAUACGUAUGUCUAGUACACCAAAAAUGGAAUCGCCACAUAAAUUCACAGCAUUUACUAGAAAUUUUGAUAGAGCUGUUUCUUUACCAGUGGAACGAAAAUCUCGAUUACAUGAUAUAACUGAUGUUAAGGAGAGAGGCUUUUCUGUACAAAGAGAUCAGGAUUUGACUAAACCAGUAGAAGAAAACAUGCAAUCAGAAUUAAUAAUAUUAGAAAAACGUAGACAAAAUAUAAAUUUAGUUGAUGAACCUCAAGAAUGGGGAGGAUGGUUUGGGACUUACAUUCUUUUAUUUGUCUUACCUCUUACUGUAAUUGCACCACAAUUAUUUUGCUCAAAAGCCAUGUGUAAAUUAGCGUAUCUAGAAAUACCAACUGAUAUACAAUUAUACAUCAAUGCUUAUUCAUUUUUUGGAUACAUGUCAUUUUUACUACUACUGACUAUCUUUUCUUUUAUUCCAAUCGGGAGGUGCAUCGACGGACAACAAAGUAAAAUCGGUAGAUUACAAUACCGUAUGAAUGGAUUUUUAUGUGCCGCAUUAUCACUGGCCAUACUCAGUAUAUGUGUAUAUAAAAAAUUAAAACUUCAUGACUUUAUUUUAGAAAAUUCUUUACAAUUGAGUACUAGUGGGUGGAUUCUUGGAACAAUUAUAGCAAUAUUCUUAUAUAUUAAAGCAAAUAAAGCAUCUGUUGCAUGUCUUAAUAUAUGUGCAUCAACUAAUAGUAUUGUAUAUAAUUUCUGGCAAGGCAGAGAAAUUAAUCCCAGACUUGGCUCUUUGGACAUAAAAAUAAUUUUAUUACGUGCUUCAGUGAUUGGAUUAAUUAUUGUAAACUUGUCUGUUAUAAUCAAAGCAUUGGAAAACAGUAGUAGUUUGGACCUGAAGGAUAUUAAUUUAGCAGAAUUAUUAGUAUCCUCUUUGCAAAUAUUUUAUGGUAUGGAUAUGUUAAUGUACGAAUCAACUAUUUUAACAUCCUUUGAAUUUACGUACGAAGGUACUGGAUAUAUGCUGUGUGUCGGUCAUUUACUUUAUCCUUUUCUACCAACUAUUUUAUCUAGAUACAUGUUGUUUAGAAGAACACAAAUAAACUAUCUCUUUGUAAUGCCUAUCCUAAGCUUUAUUAUCGGAUACAUUAUAUACAGAAUUAGUAAUUCUCAGAAGGAUGAAUUUAGAAAAAAUCCAUUAUCUCCUGCGUUAGAUCAUUUAGAAACGAUUUCGACGUCACGUGGAAAAAAAUUGAUAGUAUCUGGUCUUUGGGGAUAUAUAAGACAUCCCAAUUAUUUGGGUGAUAUCAUAAUGCAAUGGUCUAUAUCUUGUUUGAGUAUGACAAGUGAAAUCUUACCUUAUUAUGCUCCAUUGUGUUGCACUGUAGUGUUAAUGCAUCGUGCAAUAAGAGAUAAUAGACGUUGUAAAUUGCGUUAUGGUUAUGCCUGGGAACAAUAUUGCUCGAAAGUAAAAUAUAUGAUUAUAGAUCACGUAUUUUAAAUAUUUUUUUAUUGUAACAUAUGGAAACUAAUUUAUAAUAUUAAAAUUUAUUAGAAUGUUUCACUUUGAGAUCUCAAGAGAGUUUUGCAUGACAUCUGUAUACAAUGUUUGUUAUUGUAUAAAACAAAUCUUUAUAAUAACCUCACAUUUUAUAGUAUAUAUUUUAAACUUAAGAAGAAUACAUGUUUAUAAAUAUAUAUAUAUAUAUAUACAUAUAAGUAGUUACAGAAAAACUGUAAUC